AUGGGAAAUACCGAUUCAAAAGUUGAUUUUCGUUCAGCUAUUGGUCAAUUAAUAUCUCAUAGUCAGCAACUUGAAGCAAAAGAUGCAUCAUUUUGGGAUCAAUUUUGGUCGGAGAAAAUUUCUAAUAUUCAAGAUAUAUUUACUUUAGUACCAGCAAGAGAAAUUCGAUCAUUACGAGAUGAAUUACCAUCAAAUUUAGCAAUAUUUUGUAAUAAAGUUGUUGAUCGUUUACAAUUAGCUGCAGAAAAUUCAUGUCAAACACAACGAGAUCAAGCAGCUGCAAUUAAUUGUAUUCGAUUAUUAACUCGUAUUUUACCAUAUAUAUUUGAAGAACCAGAAUGGCGUGGUUUUUUUUGGUCUUAUACACCUAUAGGACAACAACAAACAACAUCAAAUGGAGAACAUAUUCAUAAACCACCAUUAGCUGAACGACUUCUUCGAAUAUUAGCAGAUCUAUUAUUUUGUCCAGAUUUUACAGUUUCUUCAAAGAAGAGAAAAGGACCGGAUCAUCCAGAAGAUAUACAUACAAUUGAUAGUUGUGAAUAUAUUUGGGAAAUUGGUGUUGGAUUUUCUCAAACACCUGUACAUACACCAAGCAAUGAUAGAAAUCGAACAGAAAUUCUUAAACUUUUACUUACUUGUUUUUCAGAAACAAUAUAUAUGAAUCCAUCGAUUGAACUACAAUCGUAUCCCAAUAAAUGGUUAGCUUAUUUCACAUCCAGUCAUAAUCGACAAACAUUACCUUUAUUUACAUCAUUAAUAAAUAUAAUAUUUUCUUAUGAUCCUGUUGGUUAUUUACCAUAUAAUUAUCUUUUAUUUACUGAUACACGUGAACCUCUAGUCGAAGUUGCUGCUCAAUUAUUAUGUGUAACACUUGAUAAUUUUUCAUCAUCAUCAUCAUCAUCAACAACAAUAGAUCAAGUUCCAUCAUCACCAACGAAUAAAACUUCAAUAGGAGAUGAUGGUUCAAAUUUAUUUAUUAAUUAUUUAUCACGUAUUCAUCGAGAUGAUGAUUUUAGUAUAUUAUUAAAAGGUUUUUGUCGAUUAUUAAAUAAUCCACUUAUUCAAACUUAUUUACCUGGUUCUUGUAAAAAAAUUGGAUUUUAUCAAGAAUUAUUAAUUUUAUUUUGGAAAUUUUGUGAUCGUAAUAAGAAAUUUUUAUAUUAUGUUUUAAAAUCUAGUGAAAUACUGGAUAUAAUUAUACCAAUACUUUAUUUUCUUAAUGAUUCUCGUACGGAUUCAUCUAAAAUUGGUUUAAUGCAUAUUGGUAUAUUUAUAUUACUUUUACUUAGUGGUGAAAGAAAUUUUGGUGUACGUUUAAAUAAACCUUAUGUUACACGAUUACCAAUGAAUUUACCUAUAUUUACUGGAACUCAUGCUGAUUUAUUGAUUAUUGUUUUUCAUAAAAUAAUUGUUUCAGCAAAUCAACGUUUACAACCAUUAUAUGAUUGUUUAUUAACAAUAAUUGUUAAUAUUUCACCAUAUCUUAAAAGUUUAUCUAUGGUAUCAAGUAAUAAAUUAAUUCAUUUACUUGAGGCAUUUAGUACUCCAUGGUUUCUUUUUGCUGCACCGGAUAAUCAUAAUCUUCUUUUUUUUCUUCUUGAAGCAUUUAAUAAUCUUAUUCAAUAUCAAUUUGAUGGCAAUGCUAAUCUUAUUUAUUCAAUAAUUCGUAAACGACAAGUAUUUUUUUCUUUAAGUACUCUACCUACUGAUGCACAAACAAUAGCUAAAUAUGGUACAAAAUCUAAUAAUUCAAUUUUAUCAUUAAAAUCAAGUUCAAAUAUAUUAGAACAAAAACAAAAUAUUUUUGAAACUAAUUCAAUAUCAAAUACAGAUGAUGAAUCAACAGUAAAUAGAGAAGUUAUACAACAAUCCACAAUAGAAACUAUCAAUAAUCCAAUGAUAACAAGUUUAGCAGAAACACCAUCAAUUCACAAAAUGACAGAACGUACAUUAGCUGCUUCACCAAAUUUCAAUAGUAAUCAACAUCAACAAUCUGAUAUAAACAAUCAAACAUCUUCACCUUUAAUACAAUCUGUUUCAUCUACAGUAGUAUCACAUAAUGGUUCAAAUUCAAAUCAAAAUCAUUUAUUAGAUAGUAAUAUUUGGUUACCAACAUCAACAUGGAUACAAUCAUGGAAAGGAAAAUUACCAUUACAAACAAUACUUCGUCUUUUACAAGUACUUGUACCACAAGUUGAAAAAAUUUGUAUGGAUCGUGGUUUAACAGAUGAAAGUGAAAUAAUUAAAUUUCUUCAACAUGGUACACUUGUUGGUCUUUUACCAGUACCACAUCCAAUAUUAAUUCGAAAAUAUCAACCAAAUUCUGGUACAAUUAUGUGGUUUCGUACAUAUAUGUGGGGUGUUAUUUAUCUCAGGAAUGUUGAUCCUCCUAUAUGGUAUGAUACUGAUGUGAAAUUAUUUGAAAUUCAACGAGUGAUAGAACAAGAUUAA